GGCACUCCCUCUCCUCCUUAGGGCGGCGGCGGCGGCGGCGGCGGCCACGGCGGCAGGCCAGGCUCCCUGGACAUGGCGCUGAGGGAGCUGAAAGUUUGUCUACUGGGGGAUACAGGUGUAGGUAAAUCAAGUAUUGUAUGGCGGUUUGUAGAAGACAGUUUUGAUCCAAACAUCAAUCCAACAAUAGGAGCAUCUUUUAUGACCAAGACUGUCCAAUAUCAAAAUGAGCUGCAUAAAUUCUUGAUUUGGGAUACAGCUGGACAAGAACGAUUUCGUGCCUUAGCACCAAUGUACUACCGAGGCUCAGCAGCAGCUAUAAUCGUGUAUGACAUCACAAAAGAAGAAACAUUUUCAACAUUAAAGAAUUGGGUGAAAGAACUUCGACAGCAUGGGCCACCUAAUAUUGUUGUUGCUAUUGCAGGAAAUAAGUGUGACCUUAUUGAUGUACGGGAAGUAAUGGAAAGAGAUGCUAAAGACUAUGCUGAUUCCAUCCAUGCAAUUUUUGUAGAGACCAGCGCUAAAAAUGCGAUAAACAUAAAUGAACUCUUUAUAGAAAUUAGUCGAAGAAUUCCAUCAACAGAUACUAAUCCCUCAUCUAGUGGUAAAGGCUUCAAAUUAAGAAGACAGCCUUCAGAGCCAAAACGAAGCUGUUGUUGACUGAUAUUCAGCAAUUCAGACUUUAUUAUAAAGUAGGUGGUCCUGAAAGUUAAUGGGGGUGUUUUGAGUAUAUGUGUUUUGAAUUUUCCCCUGACUGAUCAUCGUAUACAGAGAGCCUACAGAAAUCGACCAAUAUGUUUCUAGUAUCGUUGACUUCCUGAAGACAGCAGUUGUGAAAUUUCAGUCUGUUUACUUCCAUUAUGUAAAGAAUUUCUUGUAUUCAAGGAGAAUACAUAUUUGAAAUUUUGACCUUAUUGAAGAGGAAUUGUAAUUGUAUGGAUAGUAGCAUUAAAAUGUUUAAUAGUUUUGUAAUCAAGAUUUUAUGUCAUGUUUUGUAAAGGGAAAAUGAGCACUUUUGUGGUUCUUGGAAAAGAAUAGGCCUUGUAGAAAUUGUAAUUUUGAGACUUGGAUUACUUCUCAUUAUCAUUGCUAUAGUAAGCUGUACCAUUUUACAUUUGAGUGCAUAUUCAUAGUGAAAGGAGGGUAAUUGUUACUUUGUACUCAAAAUAAGUUAUUUAUAAAACCGAUGGAAAAGGAUCUCAUCCCCUGCCAUCCCUAAAGCACUUUUCAUUGAAGGUAUUAGCCAUGGAUGAUUACAUGGAAUGAAUUAAAAACAUGAAAUCCUUUCUUUUUUUUUUUAUAAACUAUAAUUUAUGUUUAGGUAGAUACAUCAUUAGCACCUUUUAAAGUAAGCUCUCAUGAUUAAGAUGGUGGUAGUAGAAAACAUAGCUGGAACACAGCAAACUGAAAAUAUUUUGAACUGACUGGCAAUAAAAAAAAAAAGCAGUAGUGUAAAUGCUGUCAAUGUUUUUGUUUAACCCAAAUAUUUUGGGGGGAAAUAAUUAUUUUUUGUUGAGCACAUGUAAAGUUUUAUACUAUAUUUAUGAGACCCAUACUUAAAGCAUUAUAAACUCUGUAAAUAAAUAGAAAAUUCAAAGGUUUUCAUUCAGUAUCCCAUUUAGUCUUACAUUGAGGCCUAUGUAUACUGAUCCAUUCAAGUUUUCCUUGAGGAAACAAGUGUACUUUUUGUGAUGUUGUUUUGAGAAGAAUAAAUAGCACUUGAAUUGAAAAUGUUAUAAGUUUAUUUGCUGGCCCCAUCACAUUGUGGGUAAGCAUAUUAGGUUAUAUACUACUUUGACAGCAUCCACUCUAACCCUGCUCAGAACAAAAGAAAGGGAUCCCAAAUCCUGUCAUUUACCUCAUAUGUGUAACAAUUAAUAUUCUUUAGCUUGGGGCAAACUUAAAGCCAGUUUUGUUUUGUUUCAGGUUUUUUUGUUUGUUUUAAGAAUCUUUAAUUUUAGUAGUUCCUCUUAGCCUUUAGUAUCUUUUUAUUUUUGCCUACCCAUGCUAGUGGUAAUCUUCUCUACCACUUAGGGAUAUAAUGAGUUUUUCAUAUAACCUAAAAAUAAAGCAUUUAACUAUGCUGUCUGGAAAAAUUUGUUCUUGGUCUAAUUUGUCAUUCCACCUUUAGUCUUUUAACUAAAGGAAAAUGUCAAAGACAAGGAAUGAAGUAGCUAGGAUUAGAAACUAAAUUGCAAAAUCAGCACUACCAAUAUAAGUAUUGGACAAUAAAUAUUUUUAAUAAUUGCUUUCUGUACACACAUGGUAUAUAUGGAUUCUAAUAGAAAAUUAUCUAGAACAUUACAAUCAUUUUAAGCUUUUUGACUUUGGGAUAUAUAAUAUAAGAAUGAAGCAGUACAGUGAAAAUUCUGACAGCAUUUUUUUUUUAAUUUAGCUUCCUAAUGUCUCCUUAUCAUUAUUUAACAAACUUGGAAGGAAACUAUACAAGCUCCUCUCUUGAAUUUCAGGAGAAAUUGGAAUUUUCUGUUAUACUGCUAUGUACUUUAGCUACUUUCUCCAUAGUAUUUCUAUUGCUUUUGUGUGCCCUUACAAAAUAGUAAAAUACAAAAGUUGUGCUUUGAAAUUGGUGGAUUACUGAAUAGACAAUGAAUGCCUUUGUGACACUUUUUUACAUCUAUUAAAAGAUGAUUAAGUUUUACAUUCCUGCCAUCAAAUAAAUAUAGAGGAUGUUUAAGCACUUCAUUGUUUAUAAUAUUGUAGUAUUUAAUGUCAUAUCUUAACACAGGUAAAUCCCUUCUGCUAUUAGCAAACCAUUUCUAUUUUUACUUUCUGUUAACUUCUAUACCAUAUAUAAAAAUAUUCCUCUGUCUUAUCAGGAUGAAUGGUUUCAAGUUUAUUCAUCUAUAACUUUUCCAUGUGUAUUUCAGGGACCUCUUCCUCUCUUUAUUCUUUUCCCUGUCCAUUUUUAUAGGAAAUUGGCAAAAUAUUGCAUAUGAUGCUCCAAUCAUAGGAGAUAGAAUGGAACCUAAAAUGUUCUGCAACUGCUAUCCAUUGGGGAAAAAAUUAUAUGUUUUUGUAAUGCCUUUCUAACAUGCAAAGAGAAGAUCGAAAUUUGUAGGCAGUAUUUUAUUUUACACAUUUUUAAAUGGUUACAAAUCAAACUACAAAUGAUUGAGACUGUUUUGCCUAGUUUUAUACUAUGUUGUUACAACUAUAUUUAAAGGAAACAUAGUGAGAGGAGCUUGGCCUCAAAGUCACGAUGACCUGGGUUUAAUACCUGUCUCUUAAAUAUAUAUACACCGCCUCUUGGAUCCUGGGAGAAUUCCUUAGUCUCUCAGUGCCCUGGGCAGCUCUCUGAAAUAAUAAAUUGCAAAAAAAAUGGCAUUCUUCAUUGGGACAGGGAGGGAGUUUCUCAUUCAGAGUGUCCUACUUAUAAUGAAAUCAUAAGAUUGGGGUAUAAAAAAAAAAAAAAUAUCAUCAUACAAUUGCAUAUCAGCCUACUAUAAAAUUCCUUAUAACUCCCAUGUAAAGACAGGGAAUUGAAAAGCUUUUGAGGACUUUUUAAAAAUUACUUGCUUUAAAUGUAUGUUUGUUCCUUUUUAAAAAGUUGAAUUGUAUCCUACCUGACUGCCUAAUGCUAAACACAGCUAGUCUCUAGAAUCUACACAUGUUUUCUGAUUUACAAAUGUCAGUUUGUUUGGUCAUUAUUACAACUAGUCAUUGUUUUUAGAAAUAAUUUUUAAUUCUGGGGUAUGGAAGUAGAGGGCUGUGUUGUAGAAACAUUAGGACUUAUUCCACAGCCUAAAUUUCUAACCUCCCCAGGGGAAUUUUGCUAUUUAACUACAUUUUAAAAGAAAAUGGCAGUUACACAUUCAAAUUUUAACAUUCAGAAUUUUGUUUUGUUUUUUGUAAACACAUAAUUCUUGAGUAAGUUGAAAUUCCAACUUUAUGUAUUCAUAAUUUUUGAAAAUAUGAAUAGAUAUGUAUGCAGACACAUUGCUACCUACAUCUUAUUUAUCCCUUAUUCUACCCAUUUAUGAAGGAACAAAAAUUUUUUUGUGUUGGAUAUUAAUGGUUUGUUUGGCAUAAUGUUUUUUGCUUUACUCAUAUAAAGGAAAAGAAAACUACUUUCAUAUUUCAUAAUCUUAAGUCUUACUCCAAUUUUCAAACAUCUUCAAGAAGAAACCUAGAUGUAGGCAUUCUAAGUGAAACUGUAAAAUUUUGAAUUAUGGAAACCAUUUACAGAAUUAUUUAAAUGUUUUUGCUUUAAACAUAUUGUCAAACCAAUAAGUCCUAGUAUCGUAGUGUGGAAUGUAAAAAGGCAGUGCUUUAUUCUUUUUAAAGCAGUUGUAGUUCUGGUUGUGAUUAAUUAAUUGCUGUCUGAAUCCUAAAAGAUAGAAAUGUGGUAUCUGCUCGUUAAUUAUGUGCUUGUUUUACGAUAUGAGGCUGCAUUAAAACAGAUAUUGAAGAUUUUUUUCUUGCCUCUUGCUCCCAGUACACUGAGAACUUGAUACAUACAUUCUUAAAAUAGCAAUUGGUGAUAUAUAAUAACUUGUGCAUGUAAAUAACUUUUGUAGUUUCAACAUAAGUAGUAUUAGAAUCCUAUUUUCCCCAGAGGAAAAGCUAUUGGAAAAAAAUCAUACUCAGCAAAUUUAAAUAGUUCUAUGAAUAUACAUACCACUAUGUUCUAUACAUUUCAACAUUUUGGGGGGAAAAGUCUUAGCAUCAAAAUCCCAAUUAUUUUUAGGUACUGUAUUGCUUUGGAAUUUCACCAUUUAAGUGUUGCUUAAAUACAACACUUUGCAUUUAAAUGCUUGAUGUUUGACUUUUAAAAAAAACUAAAAAUUAUAUUCCCAUCACAUCCAUGCUUAAGUAGUCAUUGAAUCUUAGCCUCUUUUGUUUAUUUAAAUAUACAUAUAUGAUAUAUACAUAUACACAAAUAUAAAUCAGUAGUUGAAUUCAUUGAGCAUUUAUUAAGCACUUCCUCUAUGCCAAACACUGUGCUAAGCCCUAGGGAUGUCAUAAAUUUAAGUUUUAUUGGAUGACAAAAUAAGAAACUAAUGUGAAAAAUGUAAAAACCUUUGAAAUUAUCUAAAUUUUGCUAUAGGAGUCUUAACACCAUGUCUUCUGUUCCCAUUUCACUUACAAGUAGAGCUCUACCUCAACACUCAACAUUAAAAUGGGAGAAACAAAAUGCACUUUUCUUGUUCAGGACAGCAUAACUCCAACUUUUUAAGAAAUCUAGUAUCUUAUGUUCAUCAGAAAAUAAAAUGGGUCAAGAUGAUUUUAGGUAAUUUAUUUAAAACUCCUUUCCAAGGGAUUAUCAAAUAUUUUUAUUUUUGAUAUUUUAAACUAUUUUGUAGCUUGAAAAUGAGUGUUUCCAUAGAAAGAUCAGAAAAGUUUAAAAAAAAAAAGUCAAAAAAACUUUCUUAAAAAAAAAAA